CGAUAACAUUCGAUGAUGUCAGCGGUAGUUUAAACAUAUAUAAAUGAAAAUGUAAGACAGAGAGCAGUAGUAUUUCUUAGCGACUACAAUGAAGGCAGCUCUGUUGUUUGUUGCUGCACUGGUCGCAGUUGCAGUGGUCCAAGGACAACCAGAAGAGUCGACCACUGCCGCCAGCCAGGGUCAGGAACAGCCGUCCGCCACCAACCCGGCUGUGAGAACAUUGGUGGCGGCGUCGUAUGCGGAAGAAGACGAGGAUACCAUUUGUGUCCAGGCAGAUAACAAGUUCUACUUGUAUGCUAAUUCACUGAAGCUGUAUUCUUGCUACAACCUGCUACCGAAGGUUUACGUGGUGAAACCAAAGAGUCUAUGUAAACCAACCCUGUCAGACUGUCCCACGAACUAGAAGUAUUGCAAGUCUGUCGGCUCAUCCUGCAGGAGCUAACUAGCCUGUGAUUGAGUGAAGACCAGAUGGCUGGACUGCUGACUGAAGACAUCUACAAUUUCCAGAGAACGCCAGAAAUUCCAACAGCGUCAGAACUUACCUCUUUUUCUAACAACAAAAACCGGUGGAAUCAACUAAACCUCCUUUAUGAUAGUUUCCGAUGGCAAUAGAUCAGCUAUACAUUUAGAACUGACUGCAAAAUUUAGUAUUUAAAAACGUGGUUUUGCCUGUUUUUUGUCUUCCUGUUGGCCUUGUAAUAGUUGUAAUCUGACACAGUAAACUGUAGUUUCAUGUA